AACAGCUACAGCUGUAAUUCUACAAGUUUUGCUAACAUUGCACACAACACUUAAAUGAUUUUUCUGUAGCAUCGCUGGCUGUCCAUUUUCUUUUUCAGGGAAAGUAUUUGUGGAGCUGUCCUAGUUUAUUUAUUUAUUUAACAGGAGUAAGGAGUACUUGUGGUACAUCAUUCAUGGAUUUGAAGUGAAAUUAUUACAAUUAUGGAAUUUUUUUUUUUUUGUUCCUCUGUGGUUCAACAAAUGAAAUUAUAGUUCCAUAUCGAAGGCUGUUCAUAAUUCUGAAAGUCCUUUGUUUGGUUCAAUACUAUGGCUGACAUGUGUUCUUUAAUCAGGGGCCACAAUAUGUGUGCACUACUUUCUAGACCUUUGUUUGCACCAACUGUAGUGGAGUGCACAAGCAAGGGAAAUUUACUUCAAAGAGUGGGAUCCACAGCGUCAUUCAUUUCCAGAUUGCAGUAACCAAAAUAGACUUCGAGAUUUUAUUAAACAUGUCUAUGUGGAUAGAAAAUUUACUGGUGGGAGGAGUAUGGACAAGCUUGCAAUGGUGAAAACAGAGGAAGACUCCUGUGAUUGGCAUUCAGGUAAAAGACCUAGUUCUGGACAAAGGAGUGAUGACAGAAGUUCAAAAUAUUAUAUUGAUGAAAGAAGAAGUCCAGGGUACAAACUAGACAAUGUCAGAUCUAGCACUCACAGGAACCGUCCCGUUAACUUUGAGAUAGUCGAUGACAGGUUUCAAGAUGAUGGGAAUGGAAGUGGCAAGCGAUCUGAAACGCAUAGGCCUUCUAAUGCAGAGUCCAGGGCACGGGGCAAGUCACCAGUUUAUCCCAAAAGCAGGAACGUCACCAGUCCCCCAGUAGUGCACCCAGUCAGGGAUAUUUUGGGUGAAAAUGUUCCAAAUUUGCGGGUAGGCAAAUCUCCUGAAGCAAAUGACAGGAUGGAUAAUGAGAGCUCUACUCAUGGCAGGGUGAGAUUAAUUACUUAAUUAUGUAGUGAUAGUAUUUUGUGUUUAUGUGUUAUGUGUGUGUUUCCAUUAUUGUAUUUUAGUGUAAUUUGCUCAAGAUGUCCUCCUUUCCAGUAAGAUAUUACUUUCCAUGUGAUUCUCUGGUAGUUUGAGAGAGCAUUACCACUGGCAAUUUUGUGCAGAAUCAUGCAAGUUGCACAGAAUUUACGAGGUGAAAGUAUGAAAAUUCUUAUUGGAUGGAAUCCUAUAUUCACCAUGGCUUAUCAAUUUGCAACUUUCUUUAUGUCAUUCUGGUGUAGCAUUUUUUGUGAAAACUUAAUAGU